AUGGUUCAUUGCCAUUAUCAUGUCGUUUGCCUCAUAUGUAACCUCAUGGGAUUUCUUUCAGGCUCGAGAGAUCUCUUGGAACAACAAGGAUGUCGGUACAAGGGCGACUGUAACGAAGGAGAAAUUUGCAAGAGCUGGAAAUGCGUCUCUCAGAAGGAAAAGUGUCGAGAAGACCAGAAGCAGAAGAAUUGUCCCUGCAACAGGAGCUACGAAUGCGCCAAGGGACUCCGAUGCAUCGGCUAUCGAUGUGAUGAUCACGUGGAUGACUGCGACGGUGAAGAUAAAGGAUCUGUAGGCUGUUCUUGCUCCUAUCACGACGAUUGCAAGGGGAAGGAUUGCCUCUCCGGAUCCUGCAUCUCGGGGAAAUGCUGUGGUAAACCGGAAGUGGAACCAUCAGUUUGCACCCCCGAGUGCAAACAAGGCUAUACCUGUCGACACGGCGAAGGAAAACAGAACGAAUGUGUUUCAGAUGGGUCAUGUCCUACACCGGAACUAUGUGAUGAUACCUUCGACCCGGUCUGCUCCAAGAUCGAUGGAAAAGUGUUCCUCAACACGUGCCGCAUGAAAGCUUAUCUCUGUCAGAAAUCAGUCAAGUCUUUCCCUGGUUACAGCAGUUCGUGUCAGUCUGUUUGUCCCUUGAAGAUCGAAGGACCUAAAAGUACCACUGCAAAAAUUCUGGAUCUACAAGAAACUGAAUUACAUGAUGGUAGUGUGGUCUCUCUUACAUGUCAAAUGGGACAAAUGUUCAGCAAUGGACAAAUCAGCCUCAACUAUACCUGCUGCGCAUGUGGGAUCUGGGAAAAAAUCGGGGCGCAAAAUGACCAAAAUCUUCGUUGCGUGGCCGAUCCAUGCCGAUAUGAGGACUGCCAUGACACUGGAUACGAAUGCGAAGUAACUGUGAGCGAGGACGAGCUUACUCCUCUGAAAGCUGCUUGCAUCUGUAAGGAGCCCAAGUUCGUAGUGAGUCUUCCAGGGAAGAAACCGCGAUGUGUUGCUACUUGGGGAUUACUAUCACUGCACCCCUCAAUGGUCAUCCAAAAGCUUUCCCAAAGGGAAUCUCCAAUGGAUCCAAAGAGACGGACAUCCAAUAAUCCAUCCAAUGGAUAUGUCCAAGGAUUUUCCUUGGACGAGACAUUUAGUCAUCCUGGGGAUCUCCGAGGAGAAUAUACAUUGAAUGUCCAAGUGUCCAUGAGGGUGAAGGUUGCCAUCGAGCUGUUUUUCUACGGUGCGACGAUCCGUAGAGUUCAUCCUGUCGAACAGAAGCCAAAGAGGCUGACACGGACAAAUGAACCGCUGAAGUUGGACAAUUAUGGACACGAUACAGGGGUGGACACUUCUCGAUACAUGGGAAUACUGAAAAUUGCCGCACGAAACCGGCAGAGGGCUGCCCGUGUGAAGCCAUUUUUGACUGCUGCAAGGAACUUGGAGCAUGCGGUUGCAAUGACGGCAAGUGCUACUUCUGCACAGGAAAAAGGAGAAAAUUCGGGUGCAAUUGCCAGCAAGAUUCGGAUUGCGAUAAUGGUCUAAGAUGCAAGCUUGGUACGUGCACGAGCGAUUGCGAAGGGAAAAAUAAAGAUAUCGGUUGCAAAUGCGAGAAGAGUACAGACUGCAGGUUCUCAUUGACGUGCGAAGACCGUAUUUGCAAAGCCCCAGCUGGGGAAUGUCACAGAUUGUACAAACCACCUGGAUGCCCAUGUAAAAGAGACGAUUACUGCGCUGUCGGAAACGAGUGUGAGAAAGGAUACUGCAGGAAGAUAUCGAAUCCAUGCGAUAAAAUACCGAAACUAGACGGAUGCGAUUGCACUGAGGACAAUGAAUGCAAAACAAAUGAAUGUAGGAAUGCCAAAUGUCAAGCUCCAUCAGAGGUAGAACCAUGUAGGAGGAGUAAAUAUAGGCCAGAUGGUUGCCAUUGCAGCAGGGAUUCACAAUGCGAAAGCCUUGAAUGCGAUUAUAAACAGUGCAAAGGCAAGAAAAAUAGAUGCAAGGAAGAAGUAGACAGAUCAGAUGGAUGUUCUUGCAACCGAAGUUCACAAUGCAAGAGUGGGACCUGUAAGGGUGGCAAGUGUCAAAGAACGGAAGACUCUUGCAGCAGAGAGUUUGGGAGACCUGAUGGAUGUGAGUGCUAUGAUGACAAUGAAUGCAAGAGCGACCACUGCUCCUACGGAAAAUGCAAAAGAAUGGACGACCCGUGCCAAAGAGAACUAAACAAAAUUGAAGGAUGCAAGUGCCGCGAUUCCAGAGAAUGCCAAAGUGGCAACUGCGAAAAGGGACAUUGUCGAGCAGAGACAGACGAAUGCAAUGGAGACUAUGACAAACCCAGUGGUUGCGAUUGUGAGUACAACCAUCAGUGCCAAGGCAAGAAUUGUCACAAAGGAAAAUGCAGCAACGCGUUUAAUCCUUGCAGUGGGAAGUAUGAUAAACCCAAGGGCUGCUACUGUGAGAAAGGCAGUGAAUGCAAAAGUGGAAAAUGCGAAGCGAAUUCAUGCAAGGGCGAAGAUGGCAAAUGUAACGAUUCAUCAACCUGUCCAAGUGAUUCCACUUGCGUGAAAGGCGAAUGUAAAGCAUGCGAUUACUUUGGGAAGAGAUAUGACGGUUGUAUGUGCUUCAAGGAUAAGGAUUGUCAAAGUGGAAAAUGCGAGGAUUAUGUAUGCGUUACAGAAAAUGGUCGCUGAAAUCCUCAAGAAAUAAAGCUGAGACUGCAGGCAUAAU